AGGUUUCUUUUUGAAAACUCGCUGCUUCCAAAUAUGCUUCGUUUAAAAGCUGUUUGUCAAUUCUCCUGGAGGGUGUUUCGGUUUCGAUCUUUCAGUUGUGAACCAUUAAUUAGUCAGAUGAAUAAAUGUGAAGAUGAAGAGCAGAUAUUUGAUUUUAUUGGAAGAAACAAAGCCACACUUUCAGAAAAUCAAGUUGGAUGUGCAUUUACUAUGCUUUGGGAGUUUCAAAAGCAGAAGACCAGCUUGUUAAAAAAUGUUGACUUCAUCAAAGACCAUCCUCAGUUUGUCACUCUUUAUGAUAUAACUGCAAAGAAAAUAGAACUCAUGAAUGAUGAUACCCUGGUGAAUGUGUUAUAUAUAACACAACAGUUUUCUCUUGAGGCCCAUGACCCACUAAUUGAAGCACUAGUUACAGAAGCAUGGAGAAGAAUGGAAAGGUUUGAUAUCAGUUUACUGUCAAAAUUUUCUUCUUGCCUCGCAGAUCAGCAUUUAUAUUUUAGUCCAUUAAUGGGAAAAAUUGCUGAUAUUGCAAAUAGGAAUUUGGAAACUAUACAGGACUUAAGGUCCUUGUCUGUUCUGAUGGUCAACAUAUCUUCUUUAAUAUCAAAAUCUUUUCAAGAACAAUUAAUAAAAAGAGCAGAACUUCUUUUUGACAGUGUAGAAUCUUCCCAGGUCAACAUUGCACGGAGAUUAGUCCAAUUUCUUCGAAAUAUUAAAUACCCAUAUUAUCCACUACUAGACAGAUGCAAUCAAGUGUUUAUAAGCAAUGUGGACCAUCUUGAUUUGGAAUCCAUUAGUAAAAUCCUUAGUCUGUAUCAUUCUUUACAGUUUUAUAGUUUUGAAUUCUCUAAGCUGGCUAGAAAGAGACUAGCUGAUAUGAUUCCUCUGUUUGAUCAACCUGCUAAUUUUGUAAAAUUGUUUGUAGCAUUGGGACCUAUAGCAGGAACUGAAGAAAAAAAAAGACUUCAAGCAACUUUAUUAUUGAUGUCAGAGGAGCUGACAAGCCAGCAAGCCCUAGCAGUGAUAGGAGCAAUGGAAGAGAUGGAAAGCAGAAAUUCACGUCUGAUUAAAAAAAUUGCUUCAACUCUGCAUAAACAUUUGGAUAGCUAUAAACCAAUAGAGUUAUUGAAGAUAAUUCGAGCAUUGAUUUAUCUACAUUUUCAAAGUAAAGAGCUUUUUAUGAAACUCAGAGAAUUACUGCUUAGUCAUUUGAAAACUAGCAUUAUACCAAGUGAUAUUUCUGCACUGGUUAGUGCUAUUUCUCUGCUUCCUUCUCCUCAGCUAGAUGAAGCAAGGCUGUCUCGGAUUGAAGAAGUUUUACCACAGUGUGACCUCAAUGAUAUAAAUGUUUUAGCUACCUCUGUUUUAAGAUGGAUCCAUUACGAUCAUAUGUAUUUGGAUAAUCUAGCUGGGAAACAACUGAAACUACUUCAAAAAUUAGAUCAGUAUGGCCUCCAGAGACUACAAAAAUGCAAUGAUUUGAAUUUGUUGUGGGAAGAGCUUAAAACUUUAAAAGGAGACUGGUUUUCCGAGGCACUUCUUGAGGAAGCAGUGGUUACUUUAGAGCGCUUGGUAGAUGAGAUUAAUUACACAAAUGUUACAGGAAUUGCAACUUUCAUUUCUAGAACUAACUACCUCAGUUCUUUGCUACUUGAUAAGAUAGCCUCUGUGGUCACUCAGCAUAUUGAAAAGAUCCAUCCUUUUUCGAUGCUUGCUGCUAUUCUUCCAUUCAGCAUCUUGAACUAUGACCCGCUUCAAAGGGAUGAGUUUCUUGGAACUUUCAUUCAACACCUUAAUUCUCACUUAGGUAAACUGGAUCCUCUGGUUUUAGUAUUUCUUGGUUUCUCUUUUGCCACCCUUGAAUAUUUUCCAGAAGAUCUGCUAAAGGCAAUUUUUAACAUCAAAUUCCUGGCCAAAUUGGAUUCUCAACUUGAAUUGUUAUGUCCAUCUCUGAAGAUGAGGGUCCAGUUCCGUCUCAUGGAACUGAAUAGAGCAGUGUGUUUGGAAUGCCCCGAGUAUCAGAUUCCCUGGUUUCAUGACCGCUUCUGUCAGCAAUACUAUCGUAAAGAUAUUGGCAGCAUGAAUGAAGCACAACAGCAGAUAUAUAAAAUAUUAGCAGAGAUACUAGGAGGAACCAGUUAUGUAAAGGCCUCUGUUCUAACGCCUUAUUACCACACAAUAGAUUUUGAGUGUAUUUUGGAUAAGAGGAAAAAACCUCUUUCUUAUGGAAGUAAUAAUAUAACCUUGGGAAAACUAUCAGAAAUGCCAAUGGAAUCAAAUACCCAAAUAAUGGGAUCAAGACUCCCACCAGGAGCUGUGAGAGUUUCCUUGGAAUUUUUGGAUUCAAAAGCUUUUUGUAGAAAUAUCCCUCAUUUGAAAGGAAAAUCUACUAUGAAAAAACGACAUUUGGAAAUUUUGGGUUAUCAUGUAAUUCAGAUCCCGCAUUUUGAAUGGAACUCCAUGGCCCUGUCCACAAAGGAUGCACGGAUGGCCUACCUAAGGAACUGUAUAUUUGAAGAAGGAAAAUCACAGUUGUAGUUUGAUGAAAAUUAUAGUUUGAUAAAGUUAUCAUGGUGUGUCCUUUUGAACUUGUUUAAUGAAGUGGCGUAACACUGUUGAAAAAUUAUAGUGUCAAACUGAUUUCAAAGCCAACUGAAUACCUUUAAAAUAAAUAGAUAUUUGAUUGAAAGUUUACAGUUCUUAAUAUCGACUGGAGAGAUAGUAUAGGUGUUAUGGUGCUUGCCUUGCAACCCGCUGACCCUGGCACUACUUAGGGUCUCCCAAGUGUUUCUGGGUUACUCCUGAGCACAUAGCCCCCUUCAGAGUUAUUGACCCUGUGAAUUCACUUUGUUCCCAGAUAAAGUGGUAGGUAAAGUGCCUUGAAUCUUCAGCAUAGCUUUAAAAUGUGUUUAAUUUGGUUCAAAUACUUGUUUAAAAUGGCCAAUUUCAGGUCCAAAGUGAUAGUACAAGUAGGGUGUUUGCCUUUCAUUCGGCUAACCUGCAUCCUAUAUGGUUCCCUGGCACUGCCAGGAGUAAUUAUUGAGUGCAGAGCCAAGUGUAACCCCUAAGCAGAGUCAGAUGUGGCUGAAAAAAACAAAAUAAAUAAUUUUUUUUAAAUGGCCAAUUUCUUGUAUAACCAGAGUUCAGUACCUAAUGCACAAAUAAUA